AUGAUUGCACAGAGCGGCGGCAGCAACGGCCGCGGCAAGAGCUCCGGCUGCGGCUGCGGCUCCCGUUCCGGCUGCGGCUGCGGCUGCGGCUCCGGCUCCCGCUGCGGCUCCCGCUCCCGCUCCCGCUCCCGCUCCCGCUCCGCCCCACGCGCCCGGGCCCCGCUCGGCCCCGACCCCGCCGCCGCGCCUGCCGGGGGCCUCGGCGCCCCCGCCGCCCGCCUCACGCUGAAGUUCCUGGCCGUGCUGCUGGCCGCGGGCAUGCUGGCGUUCCUCGGUGCCGUCAUCUGCAUCAUCGCCAGCGUGCCCCUGGCGGCCAGCCCGGCGCGGGCGCUGCCCGGCGGCGCCGACAACGCCUCGGCCGCCUCGGCCGCCUCGGCCGCCGCCGCCGCCGCCGCCGCCGCGUCCCCGGGCCCGCAGCGCAGUCUGAGCGCGCUGCACGGCGCGGGCGGCUCGGCCGGGCCCCCCGCGCUGCCCGGGGCGCCGGCGGCCAGCGCGCACCCGCUGCCGCCCGCGCCGCUCUUCAGCCGCUUCCUGUGCACGCCGCUGGCGGCCGCCUGCCCGUCGGGGGCCGCGCAGGGCGACGCGGCGGCCGGCGAGCGCGAGGAGCUGCUGCUGCUGCAGAGCACGGCCGAGCAGCUGCGCCAGACGGCGCUGCAGCAGGAGGCGCGCAUCCGCGCCGACCAGGACACCAUCCGCGAGCUCACCGGCAAGCUGGGCCGCUGCGAGAGCGGCCUGCCGCGCGGCCUCCAGGACGCCGGGCCCCGCCGCGACGCCAUGGCCGACGGGCCCUGGGACUCGCCGGCGCUCGUCCUGGAGCUGGAGGACGCCGUGCGCGCCCUCCGGGACCGCCUGGACCGCAUCGAGCAGGAGCUCCCAGCCCGUGUGAACUUCUCAGCUGCCCCCGCCCCUGCGCCUGCGAUGCCCACCGCCCUGCACUCCAAGAUGGACGAGCUGGAGGGGCAGCUGCUGGCCAAGGUGCUGGCCCUGGAGAAGGAGCGUGUGGCUCUCAGUCACAGCAGCCACCAGCAGCAGCAGGAAGUGGAGAAGGAGCUGGAUGCACUGCAGGACCGUGUAGCCGAACUGGAGCAUGGAACCUCAGCCUACAAUCCCCCAGAUGCCUUCAAGAUCAGCAUCCCCAUCCGCAACAAUUACAUGUACGCCCGUGUGCGGAAGGCACUGCCCGAGCUCUACGCCUUCACCGUCUGCAUGUGGCUGCGCUCCAGGUCGGGUGGCAGUGGCCAGGGCACACCCUUCUCCUACUCGGUGCCCGGGCAGGCCAAUGAGAUUGUGCUGCUGGAGGCGGGCCACGACCCCAUGGAACUGCUGAUCAAUGACAAGGUAGCCCAGCUGCCUCUGAGCCUGAAAGAUGGUAGCUGGCACCACAUCUGCAUCGCCUGGACCACAAGGGAUGGCCUAUGGUCUGCCUACCAGGACGGGGAGCUGCAGGGCUCUGGGGAGAACCUGGCCGCCUGGCACCCCAUCAAGCCUCAUGGGAUCCUUAUCCUGGGCCAGGAGCAGGACACCCUGGGUGGCCGGUUUGAUGCCACCCAGGCCUUCGUGGGUGACAUCGCCCAGUUUAACCUGUGGGACCACGCCCUGACACCUGCCCAGGUCUUGGGCAUUGCCAACUGUACCGGGCCACUGCUGGGCAACGUCCUCCCCUGGGAAGACAAGCUGGUGGAAGCCUUCGGGGGUGCAAAAAAGGCCACCUUUGAUGUCUGCAAGGGAAGGGCCAAGGCAUGAGGGGCUACUUCAUCCAGGGUCCCUCCCUUGCCUGCCAUUUUGGGGACCUUACAGUGGGGGCACAUGUUCCCUCCUCAGCCUACCUACCCACUGGCCUUCCCUCCUGCCCUGUUCCUGGCCAGGCCUCCUGUUUCCCCACCUAUACCCACACCUCCAGAAUGCCCUACCCUGCAAUGGCUGUCCCCUAACACCACUUGGAUAGGGACAAGCAGCUCAAGCCCACAGGUCAAGCCUGGGGUGAGUCUAGGGUUUGGUUGGGGGUGGUAGCAGUGCCCACAGCACUGUCCACCCUCUUGGCAUUACACUGGAGCUGUCUCUUACCCCCACCCACCCUGGCCCAUCAACCACGUCUGAAUCCAGUAAUCUCAACAGCAUGUCUCGUGGAGUUGUGUAUGGGGGGCAGGACCUACUAUCUCAGUGGCAGGCGUGGCUGUCUGCCCUCCUGUCCCCCAUGCAACAGGCCCGGCCCCUUCCCCUUCAGAGCCACAGCAAGCUCUAGAACUGUGCUCCCAGCUGAGAAGGGGAUGACCGAGACAUAGGGAGACUCAGAAUCACCCAUCCUCCAUCUUUCCACCAGUUGCCAGUGAAGGACAUCUUGAUGGAGCCUCCUGCACCCUCUCUCUCCUUCCUCUUUCCUUGUUUCUUUGUAUGCAGUGGUUUGAAUGUUGGUUCCAUGCCUGGCCUACCCCCACCUCAAUUUCCAGAAUAUCCCCUUCCCGGCUCCAGCCUGAGGGACCAGGACCCUGGGAGGCCAGAAGGCCACAGUCACCCCUUGUAUCCAUGCACAUGUGUGCUAACUGGCAGGUCACCUCUCCUCCUCCACACCCAGGACAGGGCCUGGGCUAGGAGCAGCUUGUGACAGAGGCAUGUGCCCAGGGGACCCAGGUUAUGGCAGAGCCACAUGACCUAAUCCCUCUGCAUGGCCCUGCAGCCUCUGGGGAAGGAAGGAAGGAACUGAGUGGGUGAAGAGGGGAGAAGCACGGAGUGGUGUAUAGAGCACUGGCUGAGAAAGAGCCCACGGUUCCUAGCCAGCCCUGCUGCUAACCUGCUGUGUGGCCUUCUGUAAGUCUCUGCCCUCUCUGGCCUGCCUUCCUCAUUUGUAAGCUGACGCCUUUGCUUUGGUCAUUUCUGAGAGAUGAAACGUGAUAUGGUCUGAUUCCAAGUGGCUAGGGCGGGGCAAGCCUGAAGUUGCCCAGGAACCAGGGGACAUAGCAGGCACAGAUGGUGAGAGUAGGCAGCAGAUGGGCUCUGGCUGGGCAUGGGUCAGGGUCAGCAGCUCCUCCAGAGAGUCAGGGGCAAGGGCAAGGGCCAAAGCAGACCGACUUCAUGCACAGAUUGUAAAAACCACCUUUUCUGGAUCGCCCUCCAGCCUGCACCCUUGCCCAUUGGAGAGGACUGGUGGCUUCUAGCUCCCCUACCUGAGUCCUUGCCAGCGCCCCCGAGACAGUAGAAGAAUGUAAAAGCUGAGGAAAGCCACCCAGGCUGACUCUUGCUUGUAUAGAUGGAGAAGAGCUCCGAGAGGUCAAGUGACUUGCACAGGGUCACGCAGCACAAUGUGGCAGAACCAGGACUAGAACCCAGGGCUUCUGACACCCUCUUCAGUGCCCUUCUACCCUACACCGUACUGCCUGCCCAUGAAUGUCUUUGAGUCCAGCCUGCACCUGAGAGGAUGGACGUUUGAAAGAGGUCAGAAUGCUUUCCAACAUGAACAUCUUCCUUUAUGAAACACACAAACAUCUUGGCAUCCAGCUCCCUCCAGGAAGUGGGGGGGGGGGGAAGGGGUGAUCCCCAGGCACUCUGGCAGGAAUGGAAAGCAGGUAUCCCUUCUGUCAGUCACCUACCAGGUGUCUGAGCAGCUGCAGGCUACCUGACUUGAGAAGGUACUGGUGCCUUUUGCCCUGCUUUCCAUUCCCUGUCCCCACUCCCCGUUCCCCAACCACUUAACCCGAGGCAUGAUUCAAGAGCUGCAGGCUGUGGGGCCCAUUGCCAUGGAGGCUUCUCCAAGACUUGUUGCUUCCAGCCCCCAGAUCCUUGUUGCCAUUUCAAGAGCACAAACAGACCAUUCAGCACCGCAGGCCCAACUCCCCCUAGAAGAAGUGAUGGCGUGCUUCAGCCAGAACCUGCUGAGAUCAAGGUUGCCCUGGUAACAGUCAAUGACAUCAGCCCAAGCGCUGGGUCAAGCGGCUCUUAAUGACAUAUGCUGUUGCUGGGGUGACAGCAGCAUUCGGAACUUAGAUUUCGGGGACCCUGGGCUUUAUUGGAUUUCCCUUAUUGGUUUUAAGGAAGCAGCUUUUGUAGAGGCCUUGGGGAAAAGAAGGGGCCUUAGGAGGAACGGAACAGAACUUGAGCCCACCCAGAGGCAUCAUCCCAAGUCCUUCAUGCUUUGUCAUGGUGAUAAUGAGACAUCUGACCUUGGUCCCUGCUGAGUCACUCUGGACAGCCCUCCAGAGGGAACAGGAACAAAUUAGAGGUGUUGAGGUGCAGGCUGUGAGUCUGGGCCAUUGGUGAGUGGCCUAGGUGCCCAUUUCCAUUCCAAGAAGGUGAAAGCCCCAAAGCCCCCACCCCCUUCCUUCAUCCAUUGAUCAUUCUUCACCUUUGCCGAAUGCCUGCUGUAUGGACCCCCCGCUUUGAUCUUGUUCAGCUGCUCCUGGGCAUGGCCAAGAAGACGUGGAAAGAGGAGCUAGAAAUGGUGCUCACUAGUGUCCCUGAGCUGCUCUGGCUAACAGUGAUGCUGGGGCCUGUUACAUCUUUUUUUAAGUGUCAGGCACUGUGCUGAGCACCUCACAGGCAUCAUCUCAUUUAUCCUCACAACACAGUUAUAAACUGGGAUUGUUUUUAGCCCCGUUAUCCUAGGAAGGGAACUGGGGCACAGAGAGGUUAAGUAACCUACAGUGUUAAUCAGCUGGCAGGUGAUGGAGUCCAGACUUCAAACCAAGGCAGGUUAUAGCCAGGACCGAAGGGAUAGGCACCCCAACUCUCUAUGGAGUAGAACUUGAGCAUCAUUGUUCCUGGUGGGUUUUGCCCUAAAGAGAUGUGCUUGACCUCAUUCACUGCCCUCACACGGUUUGUGAUGGAGGAAGAGGCCUGGGAUGGGCUGGCCCCAAGGCCAGGGCCCCCUUGGGUGAAGCCGUGGGAGAGGUCUCAGCCCCUUCAGGGAACCUCUGUCUCUACAGUGUGCCCAUCGCCUCAGCCCUUCUCCAGCUGGCUAGAGUUUCCAGGAGAACUAAAAGGGAAGAGGAAGCUGGAUGGUCACUCAAGAGUCCCAGGCAGGGAAGGGGGAAAUGAUAUUUCUCAAACUUCUGCUUUGAGUCAAGCCCUGUGCCAGGUGCUUCACAGCUCUAAUCUGCCAGAUUCCACCACCCCCCCCUUUGUGGUGUGUUUUGCCCCUAAAUCAACAUCCUGAGGGGACAGAUCACCUUGCCACAAUCAUGCAUGACCUAGGACCACAGUUGGGCAGAAAAGUUUCUUCAAGAGGCCCAAGCCUCAUUAUAUAGAUGAUGCCGAGGCCCCAGGAGGGUGAGUGGCCCUUGCAGCCACCCAGCUGGGACACCCAGAGACCUGAUCUGACUCUCCACAACACAGUAGUCCCUACCCACCACAAGAACUGGGUCCCUGCUCCUCUACAUUUUCUAGCACCCUGCCCUGACCCCUGGGGAAGGAGUCCCUCCCAAAUAUGGGAUUAUUCUCUUCCCCUCUGUCCCAGCUGCCUGCCAUCCCCAACCCCACCUCACCCCUGCUGGGUAGGGAAGGGGCUCGUGUGGGCCCAGGCUGAGCAGUGAGUGAGCACAUGCAGCUGUCUGACACUGUGAAAUUAGUGCACCCUAAUGGUGACCCACCCCCCCCGCCCAAUUUUGUACAUAAAGUGACAUGAGAUGCAACAUGUGUGUGUAUGUGUGUAUGUGUAUGAGAUAUGUCCAGGGUUUUGUUACUUUAUUGUUUUUGUAUAUUUGAAUGUUCAAAAUAAACGAUGUUUACUCUGAG